GUAAUACAGUGGGCGGGAGUAGAGGACUAGAAAAUGGCGAUUCCGAUAUUUUUAGAAGUGUUUGCAUUUAAAAAUCGUAAACAGUUGUAUUAAAUACAGUAAAGUUGAGUUAAUUAAUGAAAAAUAAAUUCCUAAAAUAUGCAAGGUCAAGAAGGCCUUUCUGGGUCUUCGGACCACAGAUUGGCUCUGAUCCAUGAGAUGAGCGCUCAUAAUUUUGACCUUAUAAGAUUCGCCUCUUACAGAACUGCCACAAAAUUGAGAUUCAUACAAAAAAAAGUGAGCUUACACGCAGUGGAUAUUUGGAAUGUGAUAGAAGCAUUUCGAGAACAAGGUUUACACGCCCUGGAACCUUCCCAAGAAUUGAGCGUCGCUCGUCUGGAAACAUUGCUUUGCUCUCUUUACCACAGUUUGAAUAAGAGGGCCCCACCUACGCAACAAGCACACGUUGACGUUUGCGUUAGCUUGUUGCUAAAUUGGAUUCUGGCAGCUUAUGCUACCGUUGAUAAUGUUGGAAAAAUUAGAGUAUUUUCAAUAAAAGUAGCCCUCGCUACUUUAUGUGCCGGGAAACUCAUGGACAAACUUCGUUAUAUAUUCUCACAAAUAUCCGAUAGCAACGGAUUACUUCUACAGUGGAGGUUCAAUGAAUACCUUCAAGAGGUAUUAGCGCUUCCGGCUGCAGUUUACGAAUCACCUACUUUCAAUUAUACGGAUUCUCUUGCCAAUACAAUUUUUAAUCCGAAUGCCAAAGUUACCGUUAAUGAUUUUUUGGAUACCAUGAUGUUUGAUCCCGGACCUCCUGCUCUGGUUUGGUUACCAUUGUUACACCGUUUGGCUAAUGUCGAAAAUGUUAUUCAUCCAGUUCAAUGUGACGCUUGCCAAAGGGAAAAUUUCACAGGAUUCCGGUAUAGGUGUCAGAAAUGUCCCCAUUAUACCCUUUGUCAGGAUUGUUUUUGGAGAGGACGUGUAUCUUCACCCCACAUACUUGAACAUCAAGUUAAAGAAUACGCUUCAUUUUCUCCAAGUAAGACGAUUGGGCAGUCACUGAGAAAAUCAUUCCGGUGCGUUCCAGAUAAACAGAAAAAUAACUUACCCAGAUUUCCAGAACAGCCAGAAAAAACUUUGAACCUUUCCCAUAUUGUGCCGCCUUCUCCAAUUCCAUCUCACAACGGUUUCCCGGAUGGUAAUUUCUCAGCUUUCGAUGGAACGGGUAGUUUGGACAGCAGGUCAACAGCAAGAAGCUUGGAUAGCGCUCGCGACGACGAGCAUCGUUUAAUCGCUAGAUACGCUGCAAAAUUAGCCGAAGAAGCCAGAUCUGGAAUGCCCCGAGGCGGUUACAGAAAACACUCCCUGUCGCCGGAUACGGGCAGAGUACCUUCCGAAGCUUGCCUCGGUAUGGAUUCAACUAGGGCUCAAAGGGAGCUCAUCAACCAAUUAGAGGCUAAAAAUAGGGAAAUUAUGAGGGAAAUAGCCAGGUUGAGGCGUCAACAAGAGUUAGAAUCCAGCGGACACAGUGCUGAUAAUCCGGUAUUGAUGAACGAACUUAGAGCCCUCAGAAUGAGAAAAGACGAAUUGGAAACGCACCUAACUACGUUACAAGACUCCAGGAGGCAGCUCAUGAUGCAACUGGAAGGGUUGAUGAAAAUGUUGAAGAAUCAUCAAUCGUCUCCGCGUAGCACUCCAAAUUCGUCACCGCGUAGUACAAAAUCUCCACCUCUUCUACCGGGCGUUCAACCCACGACGCAACCGAAUCCCCGUAGCGCUCCCCAAACCCCCAUAGGUAUGCCACCUUGUACCAUGGCGAAUUCCGUACCGGCUGUUAGCCAAACUGUACAGAAUAACCAACAUCUACCACAUUCCCAAGGGAUAAUUACGGGAAAUAGGGAACAAAUUAAUAGUUUACCCCAUGAAAGGGGAUAUAAUAACGAUUCUUUGACUGGAGUUGGGGGUGACGUCAGGAGUGCUUUUGGAGGUUCUUCGAAUAUUAAUUUAGGUAACGGAAAUGGUACUCCUGGAUCUGUAGGUCGUUCUCUAAGGAACGAUCUAUUAGUAGCAGCAGAUUCCGUCACCAAUGCCAUGUCUACUUUAGUCAGAGAAUUAAAUUCAGAACCUUCUUCGCGUCCAGAAGCUAGCGCGAUCAGAAAACCCAUAGAUUUCGAAGAUGACGGCGACGAAGAAUCGGACGGAGGAUGGCAGCAAGAACUUCAGCGUCGUUACGCGCAGGAAGCGAAUUUCAUGGCGGAAUUACGUGCCCGUCAUCCGACUUCCCCACCGGAAAACAAUCAAAUGGUAGUACAGAAUUCGUACGGACAAUACAACCACGGACAGCCUUUCCAUAUGCAAGGAAUACAUUAUCCCCAAAAUUCGAACAUGAAUUCCACUUCCAAUUACGUUUUCCAUCAGAAUUUUUCGAAUUUCAGUCAGUCCGGAAGUAAUUCCGGACAUUUCGGUAAUCAGACAAAUAGACCGGACAAAUUAUUACACGCAGAAACAGCAAUGAAGAACGACGCACAAGAAUCAUUGGAAGAAAACGAAGAAAUUAAAAAUAAGGAAACCCUGCAAUUCGAGGAAGCUUUGAAACAAUGGGUGAAUCGGUAAAGUCCAUAAAACUGAAAUUCCUGUCAUCGACAUCGAUUAUCUAAUUAAUUAAAAAAAUAGCUAAUCCAACAACCCCCUACAAAUAUUCAUCUAUCGAUUUAAUAUUUUAUACAUUUAUUCAAGAAGUGUGAUUUUUUUUUUAUUUGUUCUGGAAGUAAGAAUUUUCUAAUAUUUGAAAAAAAAAACUACCAUUAUACCAAUUUAGGUAGUUGUACAUCAUUUUGGUACCUCAGUUUUUCAAAAUUUUGUUCCGAUAGACACUGAACUUCGAAAUAAGAAUGAAAUUUGCUUAUAGUCGGACCAAAUAUUUAACCUACCUAAAGCUAUCUCUACUUGUAACGCUUUUCAUACCUUUUUAAUAAAUAAGAUGGAAUGACGAGGGAAGACGGAAAAAAAAAAUAAAUAAAGACACAGAAAUCAAUAAGUUGAAGUUGUAAAACUGUGCGAGGAAAUUAUAUAAUAAUAUCUCUAUAGUCAUAGAAUUUGGUUAGUUCCUCAAGAACCUGAAUAAUUAGUGUAAAGACACGAAGAAUUCAUUCGGAUUUGGUUGAAUAGAAUGAAAAUAUUCGUUGCUUAUUUCGUCUAACUUCGAAAUUUAUGAGAAAAAUGUUUUUUUUUCGGAUUUCUCACAAAAACUCGAAAAAGUCUUUUUAUAAGAAAAAUAUGUUUUUUUUCUUUGGAUUCUCUCCAAAAUCUAGAAAAAGGUGGUUUUUGUUGAUAUGAAUCGAAAGUCUAUAGUUUAUUUUUUAUUAGAUUUGGAGGUUAUCUUAUGAAAUAUUCAAGUUUCUUCAUUAAAAAACUAUAUUUCAGUAUUUUUUAGUUUUUGGUUUUAGUUUAUGUUUUUUUGCUUUGGAUUUUUUACAAAAUCCAUAAUGGUGAAUUUAGUUCAGAAAUAUAGCGUUUUAAAAAAAAGAUUCACUAGCGAGGUUGAUUUUGUUUGCGUGUAAUUUUUAAUAAUUGAAAAAAAAAUAUGGGAAACUGUAGAAAAGUUGUAAGAAAAAUCCGUUUUCUUUUUGAAAAAAUUGUCAUUUUUUUUAAUUUGAUCAAAACAAAUGUGAAAAAACAUUUUUCUCUGUGUAUUUUGUUGUACCAACUUCAUCUACAUAAAAAUUGCCACCUUCCAACCGAUUUUUUCUUCUCUUUGAAUAAUAACUUUUUGUUUUUACUAUUCUUCACAUCUCCGACCCACUUUUUUAUUGAAUUUGAAGGUUUCCUUGAAAAAAAUUCAAUUUUCUUCAUAAAAAACCCGUGUUUCAAAAUUUGAUUACAACACAUUUUUCUUAUCGUAUUUUAUUGUACAAUCUCCAUCUACAUAAAACUUUCACCCGCCAACCAAUUUUCUCUUCUCUCCAUGUGUCUCAUCCACAUUUUCAUUCGAUUUUACCUUUCAUUCUCCAUUUUUUCUAUUUUUCUAUUUUUUACAUCUUCUUGAUCUUCCCUACUUUAUCAACCUCCAUUUUUUAUUGAAACACUUUCCUCUAUCUAGUUAUUUUUUGACUUUUUUCAUGCUCCAUCAUCCUCCAUUUUUACUAAUGUUUUUUCUAAAGUAGCCACUUCUUUCACCUUAUAUACGAUCAUUACUGAUUCUUAUCGUUCUCUACUUUCUUUUGUGCAUUUUCUUUAACUAUCUCAUUCCUCACAAAUAUAUUGUUGUACCUACCUUCGUUUUUAUUACUAAUAUUAUUGAUAUUCCUUUGUCGUCUUUGUCUUUUGUACAUAAAUAUAUUCUUCUCUUUUAUAUAUUUCCCUUUCUAUCGGUGUUGUAUCUAUUCGUGUUAAAAACUCUUCUAACUUUUGUUUUCCAUGCUUCUUCGCAUCCUUUCUUUCGUUAUAUUUCAUUUCUUCUACUAUUUCAUCUUCUCGAUAUCUUUUUUCUUGUUUUGUUUAUAUUUUUUGUACUUUUUACUUGUUCUUCGAUUAUUUCUUCUACUUCCUGUCUAUUUUGUCGUAGUAAAACUGUCAUUUUUGCUAAGACGAUGAAAUUAAACUCCUAAUUAUGAAGGUUCUUCUAUAUAUAUUUACAUGUAUCAUAUACAUUGUGUAGCUAAAAAAAUAUAUAUAUACAUAAAAUGUAAACGAUUUUCUUGUUAAUUUGUUAACGAAAAAAAAAUAGUCUAUUUGUUCGGUUCAAUUGAUCUCGAUUCAACGUAUUAUCGAUCAUUUUUAAUUGUUAUUUCUUUGACUGAAAGUUUGAGUAGAACUAGUGACAGAAUUGUUAAAAGUUUUACAUGUUAUACAGUAGUUCUUUAUUGAACAAUAAAUAAUGUGGUUUUUGUUCCUGUAAA